AUGCACUUGCUCGUGGGCAAGCGCAUCUCCAUAGGCCAACAAAAGGGUACAAUUCGCUACCGUGGCCCAGUACCACCUGCAAGCGGAGAAUGGCUUGGAAUCGAAUGGGACGAUCCCGCUCGUGGCAAGCAUGACGGAACUAGCGACGACGGAACUCGCUACUUCAACGUCCGUGUUCCCGGCAGCGGCUCGUUCAUCCGUCCAACCGCUUCCAAGCUUUCGAGUGGAUGCUGCUUUCUCUCUGCAUUGCGCAACAAGUACAGUGCUCCCACAGAUCGGUCCGCUUUGACAGUACAGUCAGUGACACCACACCAGUACUCGCGCAAGAACAUCGCUGAUAUCGAAAUCGAAACCCCCAAUCUUGACCGAAUUGCUCUCAAGACGGCGCGACUAGAUCGACUCAGGGAAGUGGGGCUCAGUGGGUGGCAGCAUUCCUCGCUACCCGACAUGGAUGCCGAGACAAGUCAAGAUGAGCAGUACAAUGUGGCAACCGCAUUCGAUGAGGCGCAGGGCAGCGGGCCCGGCUCGAUACGUGCAACGUGUCCGAACAUACGGUGGCUCGAUCUGUCGAGGUCGUUACUACCGGACUGGGAGGAGGUCUCACUGAUCGCUUCGGAACUCGCUCAGCUCAAGACGCUCUUGCUGCAUUUCAACCGCCUGCAGCCGCCGCCGAAGCAGAUACCGACGAGCUGGAGUGAGAGGUUGGGACAUGUUCAGGACUUGCGCUUGGACGGCACACUGAUCCAGUGGUCUGAAGUUUUGAGGCUGGCACCAGCGCUUCGGAAUCUUCGCUCGCUGCAUAUUGGCAGCAACGAGAUCACCAGUCUAUCAAAGUCGAGCUUUCGAACGGAGGAUCGCGUCGAGCAUCAGAGCGGGUUGAACGUCUUUCCGUGCCUCACCUCUCUCAGUUUGGAAGGCAAUGCGAUAGAGUCGUGGUCAGACCUUAUCUACAGCCUUUCGCCACUAGCUUCGCUCGAGACCCUCAAUCUCGAUCGAAACCGUAUAAGCAUUAUCCCCGCGGCUUCAUCUUCGAUGUGCAAGCUUGCUGGACUCAAGCAACUUUAUCUCCGAGGCAAUAAGGUCGAAUCGUGGUCCUCGCUCGAGAACAUCGCUCAAUGGCUUGGUCCAGGGACAUCCCUCGAAGCGCUGCACAUCUCAACCGUUCCCGACGAUGACAACGCUCAACUAUCGAAUACCGAGGACAGCCAGGGUGAGCUGCUCUCGAAAUACGAAUAUCGAGAUUUCCGAGCGAUUGCCAUUGCGCGCCUGCCCAUGCUCAGAGUGCUUGACAAGACCGAAAUCACUUUGAAGGAGAGAAAAGACGCCGAGCUGUUCGUCUAUACUCGGUUCCGAGGGGGAGAUGCGUACAUCAUCGAAGGCGGUAUAGCACGCCAAGGUUCAGAAGAAAAGGUACAUCUAUCUGAGGCGGAAAAAUUCGAACGGUUUCCAAGACUCCUCGAGCUGGCCAAGUUGUUUGAUGACGAAGAUCCCUGGCCAGCCACUGACAGAGAUGCCGAGCAGCGCGAUAAGGAGAAUAACAAAAAGAACACUCUCCGGUCCAAAAUGCUCAAUGUCUCGGUCAUUGCAAGUACCGCGUCUCCUGAGUCAGUGGUACCUCAUGUGACAGACAAGCUUGCAGAAAAGGAGGACGUGCAGGUGUUGGCAUCCACACCACUGAGACUGCUCAAGAUCAAGUUGGCCAAUGCAGUGGGCGUCAAGGUGGGUCAGGUGGACCAAGUGUGGGCGCUUAUGGAACAGGCACUCGCUCCAGAGCCACACGGGCGAGAUGAAAGGAGCUGUGACGAAGGCCGAGAGAGGAUAGUGCUCGAGCUGGAUGACAUGUCGCGCAGCUUGGACUGGUAUGAAGUGUCAUCUGGCGAUUCGCUCGUGCUCGUCACUCAGGCGUAA